AGGUGAUAUCGUGCGAGCACUCUUUAACUUAUAUGGCUACUUUUUGUUAACCUUUUAUAUCCAUAAGGACAAAAUAAUAAAAGGAAGAUGUUAGUCUCUGCCUGUGGCUUAUAUUAAUAUAGGUCGAGUUACAUGCACUGUUGCACAAAUCCUUUCAAAUGAACAACUAACAUACAAACAAUGCGCAUCAAAGUCAGAUGCUUCCCUACAUCCUUUUUCUUGCCAAUAACACGCUUCAUGUGCCGCCAGAUUUUGUUCUUUCUCUCAGUCCUCCUAGUAGUGCUGUUGUUAAUGUUACUACUCAGCAAAUUUUGGAGAUAUUCAGAAUUUUCAGAAUAUGAGCAUUCUAACGUCUUUUGGCUUUGGAAAGAUGUAAUUUUAUCCCCAACUGAUUCUUUAUGGCUAGAACCAGUUCAUUUUCAGCAUCCUAAAGAUAUACGUUUUGUCAUAAACAAAUCAUUAGAAAUUUCAGGUCCAUUGUCUCAUUUAUUACCACUCAGUUCAAUUCCAAAUCUACGACAAUAUAUUUCAAAUAUUAAUAUGGUGCAAUACGUAAAAAAUGAAGACCUAUAUGGCCAACUACCAACAAGAGAUAAUUUUAACUCUACAACAUCCUCUCCUAAACAUGUUAUAAUAAUACAAGUUCAUAAUAGAUCUAUAGAGUUAAGUCUGCUAAUUGAAUCGCUACGACGUACAAAAGGAAUCGAAACAGCCCUUAUUAUUUUUUCACAUGAUUUCUAUUCUGAUGAAUUGAAUAACCUUAUCGGAUCUAUUCGCUUCACUCGUACUGUUCAAAUUUUUUAUCCCCAUUCAAUGCAACUAUUUCCGAACACCUUUCCUGGUACUGAUCCAAGAGAUUGUGAUAGUAGAAUAAAACCCACUGAAGCUAGAAAUAUAGAAUGUUUAAAUGCUCGUUGGCCAGACACAUUUCAGCAUUAUCGUGAAUCACAUUUUACUCAAAUUAAGCAUCAUUGGUUGUGGAAAAUUGAAUUCGUAAUGAAUCAUUUUUAUCCAACAAAAUAUUAUACGGGUUACUUCAUCUUAUUAGAAGAUGAUCAUUUUGUUGUGGAAGAUAUUUUACAUGUAUCGGAAUUUAUUAGUAAAAAUGUUUGGAGUCCUUUAAAAACUGAUGGGAUUAUUUCCCUUGGAUCAUACGAUAAAAAUAACAAAUAUUUAUCCGAUGUGGUUGAACAAACUUACUGGCUUGCGCCGAAACACAAUAUGGGUAUGGCUGUAUCUCGUACUGUAUGGAAAAAUAUUGAACAAUGCUUGAACUUAUUCUGUCUUUAUGAUGAUUAUAAUUGGGACUGGAGUUUACAGUAUAUUGGUCAAAAUUGUUUCCCAGGCAAACUGAAGGCCUUGACUCUACCCCUUUCUACUCGUGUCUUUCAUUUGGGUGAAUGAUGUAAACUAUCUGAUUGGUGUCCAUUCAAUCACUGUGAUCAAUGGUUAAAGAUUAUGAGCAACAUAACUCAGAAUCUUAUACAGUAAAGUGAAUACAUUCACUAUUUAUCUUACUCUACAUCUUGAGUUUCAAUAUUUCUUUGUACACAUACCUUAUCGAAUUCUAAUCUUAACGCUUAGUAAUUCAAAUUGCUACUGCAUUAUUUUGACUCUUUUGGUAUCCAUUUUGUUAAGUUUAUCAUACUGUUUUAAUGUGAUUUGAUAAUUUUGGCUAAUACAUAUUUAUUCUAGGCCGUACAUAAGUUAUUAAUCAACUAAGUGAAUAUUUUAAAUUUUCUGCCAAUCUGAUUAUUUAUGAGUCCAAUAGAGUGUGCUGAUUAUGAAAAUCUUUUACUGUGAAAUAAAAGUUCAUAACUAAAUUCUACAGUUAUUUUGGGAAAUCUAAAAAUAUGAAGUAAAAAUGUAUCAGGAUCACGUUACUUCAUUCCUCUUUUGUAAUUUAUAAAAAUAAAUUGUUGUGUACUACUUAUAUGAGAUAAUUAAUUCUACGUAUCAUAUUUGGAUAGAAAGAAAUUUUGCUUCAACAGUGAUUCAGCAUUAGUUUUCAUAUCACUAGCUAGGUAUAUUUAUUUUCAGUUAUGUUAAUUAUCCAACCGGAAAUAUUAUAUAUUCUAUUGACAAAAUAGACUCAGUACUUUUGAUAUUCUGAGGUAGACAGUCAAAUUAUUGAGCUUUCACUGUUGUUCUGAGCAUCAUCAGUGCCUACUUUAUGUAGAAUUGAGCUUCUUAGUUAUUCUAAAAGUGCUAAAUAAGUUUGUUCUAGUAGCCUUAUUUGUGGUUGAUUUUCUUCGUAGGCUUCAUCGUCUUUACUUGUCUUGGUGUUUCUUUAGCCUCUGAUCAUGUUGUUGGUUGGCCUUUUUCGAAUAAAUUACUCCGGCAUGAAGUAAUCGCUCAUUUUAUGCAGAACGAUAAUAAAAGCUCUGCAAUUAAACCAUUUAGUUCAGAGAACUCGACAACACUAAAAAGUAGUCACCCGAGCACCAAUAUCCCCUAUUAUAAGAAAGGAUGCGAUCGGAAAUCUUCACCAUAUCAAUAAUAAGCUGAAAAUGUACACUAAACAAUCGACUGUCUAAUGAUCAAAUUUCAUCUAUUUACACAUAUAAGCAACCACUCACUUAUACCAUAAUAAACCUCAAUCCCCAACUUCUGGCCAUAUGCUAUAAUCUAUCCUAACAAAGUCCAGCAUUCGACUUAAAUCACCCGUUUCUGUAGUUGAUGUUACCCAAUGUUUGUGUGAUUGAAAGGUCUAUAAUCAUUACGCAGUAACAAGUUGUUAACAUGUAUUGACCGUAAUGUGUCAGUUAAAAACCAAUUACCAGUUAGUUGGCUUACUUAAUAACCCACAUGCGUACAAUUAUUAUCAUAGGAGGCAAAUGCAACAAUUGUCAAUUCCACUACUUCAACAUAAAAACGCUUCAGUAUAUUUAUGAAUUUAGUGUAGAACUUUCUUGACCCUACUCCACUCUUUUUUUGGUUUCAUUUGUAUAGUAUAUACGUAGAAUUUCAUUAUUCAUGGGAUGUAUAAUAUAAAACUACCACUAAUCCUUUUUUUUACUGUACAAUAUAUCAUGUUGGUUUACCAGUAACUUAUACUUUUUAGAAAUAUCCAUCGUGAAAUAGUUUAGUUAAUGGUUAAAUUAUAUUAUGAAUUAAGCUUAUAGCACUAUUUAAAUAUACCACUACUAUUUUUAAUUACUUUAUUAGCCGAGGUCUUCAUCAUCACAAAAAUAUUUGCUCAACAGAAUUAUUAGCAACAAAUAUUUUACAAAUGUUUAGUGGACCACUAUUGACCAAAUUAUAUCCAACGUCUCUACAUUUAUCAGAAAAAAUACAUACUGAAGUUCUUAAACAACGAGUUAAUGGUGGUUGGUCUGAUGAACGUGAUCGAAGUCUUUGCCAAAGUGUAUUUUCUAAUAAAUGGAAUAAAUCACUAACUCAAUGGGCUCCUAAAUUGAUAGAAUAUUCACCUAUUUACUAGGAAGAUUUCUUGUAUUAUUCAAUUUUGUUUGUUUUUUGCCAUUUGAUCUUUCACUAUUUUUGUUACUUUUCCACUGUUGCUUGUUGGAAAAUAAAAACAAUUCUAGAGUCCUAUUUUAUUUUUUUCAUAUAAUCAACUGCUGAUAUAUAUUUUUUCAAAUCUAUAUCCUUUCUCAUUUAAAUGUUCAACCGUCCUCUACCAGGAAUUUUCUAUUUGAAUAGAUAGAAAGUUAUACUUUUUUGUUAUCUCUUAAAAUAAUCUGAGGUUUGCUGUUAUUCAUGUUUACUCGACUUAAUUGUUUAUAUAUAAAGGGAUUGAGUUAGUAAUACUCAUACAUUUAGAUGCCCUUUGUUUGAUUGUUCCUUUUUCUUUUAUAUAUUAUUGUUUCACAACAUGUGUUUGAAUUUCCUAGUUUCAAGAUUUUCGUAAUUUAUUUUUCCAAUAACUUUGGUUAUCUUUCCAAUUUGUACUUCACUUAGCGCUCAAAUAAAUUGUGCUAUAAUGGA